CUAGCCGAACCAAUAUCAGUUCUUGCAGUGCGGACAAAGUGUUAACACGUAUAAAUAUUAGUAUAAUACUAUAGUUAUUUACACAAAUGAAAAUAUCUCAGUGAACAGUGCAAUUUUACUGCAAUUUUUUUUUUAUGAAACAUGAUGCGUGCAUUUACAAUAUAUCUUGUGUCAGUGACCCUAUUUUGUUUUAGCGAUGCAGCGGGACCUCAUAAGUUACGUCUAGCAGUAUACUAUGAGAGCGAGUGUCCCGACAGCAAAAGUUUCAUCCUCAGGCAGCUCCAACCAGCCAUACACUUGCUACAUAGUUAUGUGAAGUUGCGCCUUAUACCUUUUGGAAAGUCCAGGAGUAUAGACUACGGCAACGACGGUUUCGAGUGUCAGCAUGGUUCAGGGGAAUGUCUCGGCAACAUGGUCCAAGACUGCGCUUUGAAUAUGAUGAAGAAACAGAGCGACAAAUUGAAAGUUGCGUAUGUUGCCUGCGAAAUGCAAACUAGAGCUGGAGCGCAGGGAGAUCUGACCUGUGUGCAAAAAGCAGGACUUCCAGCAAAUAGAGUGGAACAUUGCGUCGUGGGUAACGAGGGAACAAACCUACAGCUGCAAAGCGAAUACUAUACUAGUUUGAUCGCCCCGACCUUCGUGCCGACCGUCAUUGUUAAUGGAGAAUUCGAUCAAAACAUUCAGGACAAUGCUCAAGUGGACCUCAUCGGGACUCUCUGUUCGAUACUCAAGGAGGCGCCGCCGUGCGCUGAACAUUACAACAAUAUGGCUUUGACUUACGUUUUGGUUAACCAACGAUGAAUAAAUAUUGAA